CGGCGUAGGCGCGGGGGUCACCAGACAGCACGAACCGGGACAUGGAGCCCCCCGGCGGGGGCCUAGGGCCCGGCCGCGGGACCCGGGACAAGAAGAAGGGCCGGAGCCCGGACGAGGUGCCUGCGGCGGGCGGCGACGGCGGCAAAUCCAAGAAAUUUCUGGAGAGAUUUACCAGCAUGAGAAUUAAGAAAGAAAAAGAAAAGCCCAAUUCUGCUCAUAGAAAUUCUUCUGCAUCAUAUGGGGAUGAUCCCACAGCACAGUCAUUGCAAGAUGUUUCAGAUGAGCAAGUGCUAGUUCUCUUUGAACAGAUGCUGCUGGAUAUGAACCUGAAUGAGGAGAAACAGCAACCUUUGAGGGAGAAGGACAUUAUCAUCAAGAGGGAGAUGGUGUCCCAAUACUUGCACACCUCCAAGGCUGGCAUGAGCCAAAAGGAGAGCUCCAGGUCUGCCAUGAUGUACAUUCAGGAGUUGAGGUCAGGCUUGCGAGAUAUGCCUCUACUCAGCUGCCUGGAAUCCCUUCGUGUCUCUCUCAACAACAACCCUGUCAGUUGGGUGCAAACAUUUGGUGCUGAGGGCCUGGCCUCCUUAUUGGACAUCCUUAAACGACUUCAUGACGAGAAAGAAGAGACUGCUGGAAGCUAUGAUAGCCGAAGCUAUGAUAGCCGUAACAAGCACGAGAUCAUUCGCUGCUUGAAAGCUUUUAUGAACAACAAGUUCGGAAUCAAGACGAUGUUGGAGACAGAAGAGGGAAUCCUGCUGCUGGUCAGAGCCAUGGAUCCUGCGCUCCCCAACAUGAUGAUUGAUGCAGCUAAGCUGCUGUCUGCUCUUUGUAUCCUACCACAGCCAGAGGACAUGAAUGAAAGGGUUUUGGAGGCGAUGACAGAAAGAGCUGAGAUGGAUGAAGUGGAACGUUUCCAGCCGCUGCUGGAUGGAUUAAAAAGUGGGACCUCCAUUGCACUCAAGGUGGGAUGCCUACAGCUGAUCAAUGCCCUCAUCACACCAGCUGAAGAACUUGAUUUCCGAGUUCACAUCCGAAGUGAACUGAUGCACUUGGGACUGCAUCAGGUGUUGCAGGACCUUCGAGAGAUUGACAAUGAUGAUAUGAGAGUGCAGUUAAAUGUGUUUGAUGAACAAGGGGAAGAAGAUUCCUAUGAUCUGAAGGGACGGCUAGAUGACAUUCGCAUGGAGAUGGAUGACUUCAGUGAAGUAUUCCAGAUCCUCUUAAACACAGUGAAGGAUUCAAAGGCAGAGACACACUUUCUGUCCAUCCUGCAACACCUCCUCUUGAUCCGAAAUGACUAUGAGGCCAGACCACAGUACUAUAAGUUAAUUGAAGAAUGUAUUUCCCAGAUAGUUCUGCACAAGAACGGGGCUGAUCCUGACUUCAAGUGCCGGCAUCUCCAGAUUGAUAUUGAGGGGUUGAUUGAUCAAAUGAUUGAUAAAACAAAGGUGGAGAAAUCUGAAGCCAAAGCUAUAGAGCUGGAAAAAAAGCUGGACUCAGAGUUAACAGCCCGACAUGAGCUACAAGUGGAAAUGAAAAAGAUGGAAAGUGACUUUGAGCAGAAGCUCCAGGACCUUCGAGGAGAGAAGGAAGCAUUGGAUGCCGAAAAGCAACACAUUGCCACAGAAAAACAGGACCUGGAAGCAGAGGUGUCUCAGCUCACAGGAGAGGUUGCUAAGCUGUCAAAGGAACUGGAAGAUGCCAAAAAAGAAAUGGCUUCUCUCUCUGCUGCAGCUGUUGCUAUAGUUCCUCCUGUACCCAGCAGUACUAAUGCUCCCCCUGCCCCUCCUUUACCUGCUGACUCUGGCACUGUUAUUCCAUCCUUACCCACUCAUUUACCAGAAGAGGUUAGCAAACCACCACCUCCACCUUCUCUUCCUGAAGGUUAUACCAUUCCUCCUCCACCACCUCCCCCUCCUUUGCCUGGAAGUGUUUGUAUCCCCCCACCCCCUCCUUUGCCUGAGAGUGCUAGCAUCCCCCUACCCCCUUCUUUACCUGGAAGUACUGCCAUUCCCCCACCCCCUCCUUUACCUGGAGAUACUGGCAUCCCCCCACCCCCUCCUUUGCCUGGGGUUGCGGGCAUCCCUCCACCCCCUCCUUUGCCUGGGGUUGUGGGCAUCCCUCCACCCCCUCCUUUGCCUGGGGUUGUGGGCAUCCCUCCACCCCCUCCUUUGCCUGGAAGUACUUGUAUACUCCCACCUCCCCCCCUGCCUGGGGAUACUGGCAUCCCCCCACCUCCUCCCUUGCCUGGAGGACCAGGAAUGCCCCCUCUCCCUCCCCCUCUUCCUGGUGGUCCUGGAAUCCCUCCACCCCCUCCUUUUCCUGGAGGCCCUGGUAUUCCCCCACCUCCACCUGGAAUGGGUAUGCCUCCACCUCCGCCCUUUGGAUUUGGAGUUCCUGCAGCCCCAGUUCUGCCAUUUGGAUUAGCCCCAAAGAAGCUUUAUAAGCCAGAAGUGCAGCUCCGAAGGCCAAACUGGUCCAAGUUUGUUGCUGAGGACCUCUCCCAGGAAUGCUUCUGGACAAAGGUGAAGGAGGACCGCUUUGAGAACAAUGAACUUUUCGCCAAACUUACCCUUACCUUCUCUGCCCAGACCAAGACUUCCAAAGCCAAGAAGGAUCAGGAAGGUGGAGAAAAAGAGAAAUCUGUGCAAAAGAAAAAAGUAAAAGAGUUGAAGGUGUUGGAUUCCAAGACAGCCCAGAAUCUCUCAAUCUUUUUGGGUUCCUUCCGAAUGCCCUAUCAAGAGAUCAAGACUGUCAUCCUGGAGGUGAAUGAGGCCGUUCUGACUGAGUCUAUGAUUCAGAACCUCAUUAAGCAGAUGCCAGAGCCAGAACAGUUAAAAAUGCUUUCUGAACUGAAGGAUGAAUAUGAUGACCUGGCUGAGUCAGAGCAGUUUGGCGUGGUGAUGGGCACUGUGCCCCGGCUGCGGCCUCGCCUAAAUGCCAUCCUCUUCAAGCUACAAUUCAUUGAGCAAGUGGAGAAUAUCAAGCCAGAGAUUGUUUCUGUGACUGCUGCAUGUGAGGAGUUACGCAAAAGCAAGAACUUCUCUAGCCUCCUGGAGAUUACCUUGCUUGUUGGAAACUAUAUGAAUGCUGGCUCCAGGAAUGCUGGUGCCUUUGGCUUCGAUAUCAGCUUCCUCUGUAAGCUUCGAGACACCAAGUCCGCAGAUCAGAAGAUGACAUUGUUGCACUUCUUAGCUGAGUUGUGUGAGAAUGACUAUCCUGAUGUCCUCAAGUUUCCGGAUGAACUUGCCCAUGUGGAGAAGGCCAGCCGAGUUUCUGCUGAGAACUUGCAAAAGAACCUAGAUCAGAUGAAGAAACAAAUUUCUGAUGUGGAACGUGAUGUUCAGAAUUUCCCAGCUGCCACAGAUGAGAAAGACAAGUUUGUUGAAAAAAUGACUAGCUUUGUGAAGGAUGCACAGGAACAGUAUAACAAGCUGCGAAUGAUGCAUUCUAACAUGGAGACCCUCUAUAAGGAGCUGGGCGAGUACUUCCUCUUUGACCCCAAGAAAGUGUCUGUGGAAGAAUUCUUCAUGGACCUGCACAACUUUAAGAAUAUGUUUUUGCAAGCAGUCAAGGAGAACCAGAAGCGGCGGGAGACAGAGGAAAAGAUGCGGCGAGCAAAACUAGCCAAGGAGAAGGCAGAGAAGGAGCGGCUGGAGAAGCAGCAGAAGAGAGAGCAACUCAUAGACAUGAAUGCAGAGGGCGAUGAGACAGGUGUGAUGGACAGUCUUCUAGAAGCCCUGCAGUCAGGCGCAGCAUUCCGUCGGAAGAGAGGACCUCGUCAGGCCAACAGGAAGGCUGGGUGUGCAGUCACGUCUCUGCUAGCCUUGGAGCUGACCAAGGACGAUGCCAUGACUGCUGUUCCUGCCAAGAUACCCAAGAACAGUGAGGGAGUCUCCACAAUCCUGGAGGAAACCAAGGAGUUGGUUGGCCGUGCAAGCUAAGCUGCGUCCUGUGGCCACAGCCGCUCCUCAGCAGAAGCCCAGACUGUCUUGCCCUGCAGCAUGUGCCUAAAGGGUCAAGGGGACAUUGCUCUGGGGUGGCCACUCUAACCACCCUGACCCUGUCUUUCUCUCUGGCCUGCUGCUCUCUGUACAUCACAUACAGCUUCAGCUGCCCUGAGGCCAGGAGAAAAAGGCAGUGUGGGGGAGGCUUGAGUCCAACCCAGCCAGCCCUGGGUGUCGUAUUACCAAAGCAGGGUCUGUGUUUGCUGCCUUAACCCUAACUGUCUCUGUUACUCUGAGGCCUUACCUCAGACAAGGCCCAGCCUGCUUCCUCAGCCCCUGACUUUCCAGUGGGCUUUUCCUAGGUCAGUUUUGCCGGAUUUGUGCUUUUCUUUUGCGGUUUCUCUGACCCUAAGAACAGCGUGGGGCUUGUGAACCUUUGGGCUAUGUCCCUAUUUUAAUUGCUGUCACCUCUGCUCUUUCUCUUCCCUCUCCUGGUUGUUAUUUAUUACUAGUAGUGUGGCAUUGGGAGCUACUUCUAAGGAAGGCAGAGCAAAUCUCACCCUUAUCCCCACCUUCCUGGGAAAGGCCUCCCAAAACAAGAAAGGAUUUGGACCACUUUUCCUGUUCAGUUGUGGCCAGAGCCUGUAGGCAGGCAGGCAGGGCCCAGAGACAGUGUGAGACCCACUCCCAGCCUGCUACCUUGCUUUUGCUUUAUGCCCUGCCUCGACCCUCUGCACCAGCCCCUGGGCUACUGAGCCGAGACUCUUCCCCACUCUCUGCCUAGCACUUUGGUGUGUUUCAUCUGGAGUGUGGCUGUAUUGUGACCAUCCUAACACCUCACCCUCUGUAUCUCCAAGGAAAUGGGAGGUGGAGCCUCCUGGCUGAGAAAUUGUUUUGCAAAUGGAUCUAUUUUUAUAUGAGAUUUUUUUUUUUUUUUUUUUAAGGAAACUAUCUCUUCUCUCCCCCUCUCCUCUCCAUAAUGUAAGAGGCUUUGAUGGCAGGUUCCAGAGUUUCUGGGGUUUCUCGCCACAGGCCUCAGUCCUGAACAAGGCCCUGGGUCUCCACUUUAGCCCUCAAGCCUUCCAGACUCUUAAGGCCAAGGCAGACUCUCUCUCCCAGCAUCAGUUCUGGCGCAGGAGGAACCUCUUCUCUGGUUGAGCUGGGCCAGGCCUAGGAGUAGCGUGAGCUCUAAGACCACAGGGCUUUUAUAAAUUUAAUAUAUUUAUGAAGCCAAAUGUGCAAAUGCUAACUGGACACUCUGGGGAAGUGGGCACAGGGAGUGCCCCCGCACAUUGUACUCCCACUCCUGUCUGAACAGUGGGCAGGCCCAACUGUCCAGUGGCCCCAGCCACAGGAAGCACAGAUUUUCUGGCUCAGGGUGACACUUUUGCUCUCCUUGUGUCCUUUUCAGCUUCCCACUCCCAGAUAGGUGAGAGAAAAUGGCACUCUUAGGGCUUGGCCCAGAAUUGUAGUUGUUAGAGCAAAGGGAAGCCUAGGAGCCUUAAGGGUGACUACAGGGAGGUCUUGGGGCCAGGAAAAAGGGUUCUGGUUGCUAGGCCACUCCAACAUGCUUGAGCCUGUGUAUGAAUGGGCUGCAGCAGCUCCUUGGAGCUAUUCCCGGGAAGACUGUGGUACAGGGGGCCUGUUGGUCCCCUCUUUCUCCCUUCUUGCUGACACCUGGGGCUUCGACCCUUUCUUUUUUAAUCUACUUUUGCUAAGAUGCAUUUAAUAAUAAUAAAAAAGGGACAAAAUGCAAACCUAUUUCCCGCGCCUCUUGGGCUUCUGGGAUGUCAUCACCUCCAGUUUGUUGGGUUUGUUUCCAACUGUUAAUAAAGCAUUGAAACAGUACCGCCUACAGCCUUCUUUGUGAAUUUCUGAGCUACUUUCUUUUCAGUCUGGCCCAGGUUCCUCUACUCUUUCCCUCACUCUUGGUUGACCUGACAAAUCAUUGUCAAAAAAUUUUAAGGUGCCCAUCAUGUGCCAGACACUAUGCUUGGGCACAGGGCUACAGAGAUAAUUAAUACACGGUGGCUUCUGCCCCACCAGAGCGCACCAUAGGGCUUUUGACCUCCAAAAAGGAGUCGGAGCCCAGGUCAGCUCCCUUGUCCAUCCACAUUGCUGCCUCUUGGCUUGGAGCCCUUUUCUUGAACUCAGUUCUAACUCCUCACUUCCCCAUUCCCCAGAUGUCACAGUUUCCUGGCAGUAUCAGUGCCUCUUUGGCUGAGAGAAGCAUCUGUCUCCCAUUCUCCCAUCCCCACCAUUCAUUUAGCAGCCACAGACCACAUUCCUGACUAGAGGGGCUUACGCUGGAGCGGAAACCUGAGCCUGCUCAGCAGAGGUCAGAAGACGGAGGUCAUACUCCAGAUGAUUUAUGCUGCUCAGAGCUGUACUUGUCUGAGCAUGUUGUGAUCUGCACAAAGAAACCUUAAAAGCAGUGAGCACCCCCGGACACCCCUUUAGCUCAGUGGUGAAGGCACUUCCGAGGUUCACCAGCCAGGGAUUGGACAGCCCCAUAAGACAAAAUGGGACUAAUGAGGCACAGAAGUCCAGGGACAAGGACUA